AUGAAAGUAUAUUUGUGUUAUUUACUACUAAUAAAAACUGUUUCAAAUGCUAAAAAAUAUCUUAUAGAUACACCAGGUUGUAGAAUUCCAGACUUUAACUUAACUAUACCCGACCUAAAUAAGAGAAUUGCAUGCGGGGAACGUAAGGUUUUUGUGGAAAAAAUCAAUGAUUAUGAUGUCAUAUUUACUAUUACAGAAAAUUUACAAAAUUGUUGUUAUAAAUUUAUAAAGACUGAGUUUUACAAUGAUUUUUUUCCCAGUCAUGGUGUCGAGUACACGAAAUGCGAGCCAAUCUCCAGCGGAGGUAAAGUGAAGCUUAAAAGUGAUUUCAUAUUCGUGAAAUGCAAUAAUUAUGAAGAUAUUUAUGGUUUCACGAAGAAAAUAAGAAACAUUAAACACAAGCAUCAGAAAAGAUACCAUUGGAAUGUCCUUGUUUUGGGUUUGGACAGGACUUCGAGAAUGAGGGCGUACAAUUCCCUAGAAGGCACAAUCAAUUAUUUACAACAAGACAAUUGGCUGGACUUUAGAGGUUACAAUAAGGUGGGUCUUAACACGUAUCCAAAUUUAGUACAAGUGCUCACUGGCAAAAAUGAAUCUUUUUUUGAGAAAUCCUGUCACAUGGGUAUGUCGGAAUGCAACCAUCUAAUGGUGUGGAGUGAAUUCAAAAAAGCAGGUUAUGUUACAGCAUACGGCGAGGAUUCUAUCUAUCUACCUGAUACUUUUUACAGAAAAAAAGGAUACCGUAAAUCUCCUACCGAUCAUUUUAUGAGACCGCUUUUCAAAGCUUGCGAAAAAGAAGUGAUCGGAACAGUUUGCAGCGAAAAGCUUUCAUCAGGCGAACAAAUUUUAAAUUACAUCACAGAUUUUGUGCAGACUUACAGAGACGAAAAUUUAUUUGGAUUUUUUUGGAUAAGUUCUUUUAGUCAUAAUGAAAAUCAUUUGAUAAGAAACUUCGAUUCUGCAUUGGAGACAUUUUUCAGAAAUUUGGCUAACAUAGAAAAUACUUUUAUCAUCUUUUUUAGCGAUCAUGGCAUGAGGUAUGGUGAACAAAAAAAGCAUGUAGAAUCGUUUUAUGAAGACAGACUUCCGAUGUUAUUCAUUAGAGUUCCUCACAAUUUGGAGAUCACCUUUCCUCAACUAUAUUCUAAUCUUAGGAUAAAUCAAGAGCGUCUUAUUUCCCCGAAAGAUCUCCAUUUAACACUGGUCAAUUUGAUAAACAGAAAAAAUAGUUACACCCAGCACCCAAAACUGGAAGGUUGUCCAAAAUGCCAAAGUUUAUUUCAAAGAAUACCGAUACGUAGAACGUGUUCAGAUGCUGGCAUCCCUGAUUACUUCUGCGCCUGCCGUGUUCUCACGCCGACUUCAAUGAAGGAAUACGGAGCAAUGUACAGUGUGAUACAGUUAAUAGUAAAAAUCCAUAAUACAUCAAGAAAUGUUCGAACAACACGCUGCACUUAUUGUGAAGCUCUCUCUAUUAAAGAAGUUUUAAGAUCUCAUUAUUACAAGAUUAAAAACGUUACUUAUUAUUUGUUCGCUUUCACAAUGACUCCAGGUGAUAUCGGAUUUGAAGGUUUGGUGUCGAAGAAUCAAGAUUAUAAAUAUAAAAUAAUGUAUCCAAUCAAUCCUAUAACCACAUGGAGAGUAAGUGGAGCUUGUGCUUUGCAUCCCUCUGAUCGUGCAUAUUGCGUCUGCAAAAAGAAACACUCGUGUAACACACAUAGAAGAAGAUUAGUAGUCAAACAUGGACCGGCGUUAAAGUUUCACCAAAAAAGUAAUCCCAUGUCCAACAGAAAAGUCAGUAAUAUUUGGCAAAGAAAAAGAACUAUAAUAAAAAGAAUGGUAGGAGAAUCCCCUUUUGGUUCUGUAGUAUCUAGACAAAUGUUUUAAAACCAACAAAAAAACGAGUGAGCCUUACAGUAGUCGCGUAUGAUGUGUAACAUUUGAAACCUCACCUUAUAUUAGUAAAAAAAGAAAUAAUACCUACUACAAAAGGAGUAAAUCAAAUAGCGCGCGCUUUCGGGACUUCCUGUAACACACUUCCGUCCCAUUUCACGAAAUCACUCCCACAAAUUGCAGGAAAGCGAGAGAAAAGAUGUUACACAUCAAAAAAAACGACGGGUUGCACUCCGGGAGUGCCGGCAGAAGUGAAAACAUGAAUAUUAACGAUGUGCAAUUUUGAUAUUUUGGAAUGAUUAGGGAAUAAUUUUGCACGAAUUGCUUUAAUUAUCAGUAUAAAAGUACUAUCAUUUAUGUGGUAGAAUACAAUAUUUAUUUAUUGCGCUAUCGUACACAAAUAUGAUAAUUUAUAUUAAAAAGUUUCUCUCAGAAAAAUCAACUUACAUGAAUCACAUUUAAGCGCACCUAACGACAUCUAUUGUAAAAAAUGCAUUUUCUUCGCAAUAUAGCUGCCACCUGGACGUCCUAGUUAGAGACUUAUUAUUAAAAUAUUACUAUGCUUCGUCCAAUAUAUUGAAAGUCGACAACCUUUACAAUUUUAUUGUUUUCGUCUUACGCCACGUGUCCUGACGCGAGUUUAACAUAUUUUACCCAUACAAAAAAAGUAUACAACGCCGCUAAAGAAGUUUUCACUUCAAAAAUAAUGGCUUUUUGUUUGUUACAAACGCCAAAUAUACUUAACAAAGUACCAAACGCCGAUAACAAUCAGGCUAAGAACUCUCGACGCGAUUUUCUCCCAAAUUGUAGACUGUAUUUGUAGGUAAAACGCAAAAGCAAAACUGACAACGCGAUUUGCGCCCGCAGAGCGCGCGGGUGUUUACGGCACCCCUCGCUGCGGGCGGCGCGCGUGAAGCGCAACCAGCCGCGGCGCACCGCAGAAAAAUUCAGUCCGUGAGUUUUGAAACAAAAGUUCUGCGGCGGCGAGUGAGGAAAGAAACCACUCCGUGUGUUCUUAGCAAUCAACACAAACAGGCUUGGCUUUGGCAGCUAUAACUUAAUGUGUUUGUUAUUUAUCCACUGGUGAGAAGCCGAAUGCAUAACAAUGACAUUUUGAAAUACUUAAGUUUUCCAAUGUAUU